GGGGAACGACAUCACUUAUCCACAACACAUUCAUUCACAUAAGGGAGAGCUACUUCUAGAGUGGAGUUAGAGUGAUCCGCUCUGUCUGGAACAUCACUUCUUCUUGCUGAUAUUUGCUUAGACAAGCUUUCAGAAUAAGGUUUUGUACUAACCAGAGUACACAAUGAGCUUUUUCAUCUAUGUUUUUGGUGUGAUUCUCACUUUGUAUCAGAUUGGAAGGAAUCCUGCCAGUGCUGGGAUGUGCUGGCUGCAGCAGAGUCAAGACCAAAGGUGCGACAUGGUGCUGAUGAGAGGGGUGACCAGAGAGGAGUGCUGUGCCGGGGGCCGCCUGGACACAGCGUGGUCCAACACCAGCCUGCCCAUGAAUGAGGUCAGCCUGCUGGGCUUCCUGGGAAUUGUCUCCUGUAAACCAUGCAAAGAGACUUGUGAGGGAGUCAAAUGCAGUCCUGGGAAGGUUUGCAAAAUGAAGACGGGAAGGCCCCAGUGUGUGUGCUCUCCAGACUGCUCUCACAUUUCCCGGAAGCAUGCUGUGUGCGGCAGCGAUGGGAAGUCAUAUAUGGAUGAGUGUACUCUGCUGAUGGCCCGCUGCAUGGGACACCCGGACCUGGAGGUCAUGUACCAAGGAGACUGCAAAAAGUCGUGCUCCAGCGUGGUGUGUCCAGGCACCCACACCUGCGUGACUGACCAGACCAACAGUGCUCACUGUGUCAUGUGCCGCACAACUCCUUGCCCAAUACCCAUGCUGUCUGAGCAGGCGAUCUGUGGCAAUGACAACAUCACUUACCCCAGCGCCUGCCACCUCCGCCGGGCUACCUGCUUCCUCGGCCGCUCCAUAGGAGUCCGCCACUACGGCCACUGCAACAUUCUUGACUCUGUUUUUGUGCAGACCCCCCUCGGAAAUCACACCAUUUGGAAGGCAGCGAGGAAAACGCAGUCUAGACAGACAACCCCUUGACAUGGCCCUUUUUCAAGAGAUGAGUUGGUCGACUUCCAAGUGUCACACCACUAGCUUCCCAUGAUGACCUCUUUUUUUUCUCUGACAAUCACUCCCCCUCCCCUUUGUGCACAGAAUGACAAUUUGUUUUGAUAUUGAAGACCACUGCUGGAAGACAUACAUUAGCCUCAAAAAGAGCUACAAAUACCUGUGAGCAAUUUGUGUCAAUCUUGGAUCAGUUUGGAAAAUAGAGGCAGGUGAACACGUGUCUCAAGAUAGAAAUAUCUUGUGAGCUCUUUGGGAGAUGUGUGCAUAUUGUAAAUAGAAUACCACUACUAUUUAUUGGAGAAGGUAUCAAACUCUAUUUAUAUUUUUAUCCUAGUAACAAAUCCAUAUAUCCUUGGGAAAGCUGAUGCAAAAAAAUGUAUUUAUUGUGUUUUGUUUAUUGUAUAUGUACAAAGGCGGUCACUGGCAUGGGCAAGUUUUUUUUUUUAAAACAGUUUUUACAGUCUUCAUUCCCCACAAACAAACAGUUUUCCCUCAUAAACUGAUUGAAAGCAAUGGUAAUUUGUUUGGAAAGUUGAUACCACUUUAUAGCUCGCCAGUGUGGUUUAAAUUCACCACAAACAACAACAUGACUACAUACAGUUGUACUGUAUGUAGCUUUGGUCUGGAGGUGAGGAAGGGGUUCAGUCUAAACAAACCUGUAUAGUCCCCCCCCCCCCCCCCCCUCCCCUCUCUGGAUCCUGAUCCAAACUCUCGGCCACCCGCUGAUCACUAAAAUUAACAGUUUGGUUGUGUUUGUAGGAGUCUCAGAAGACUGUUGGUACAACCCCAAACCCUCUACAAUACCUCCUCUGUUGAGUGCUUGGCUUUGUUUUCUAAAUGCAUUUUUGUAGGUCAUGCUAGUUCAUUCCGGUUGCUGUUUUGCUGCUUUGAUUUGAUUGGAAUUUUAUACUGGACAGACAAAUCUAAUUGGCGUCAUCCGAUUGAAAGGGGAAUUCAAUUUGUCUGAGAAUGGACCACAAUUUAGGCCAAUUGAACAUACCUGAUUAUACUGCCGUCAGAGAAGAGUCAAUCUGUUCAUUGUUGACUGUGGUAAACUGGUGGAUAUCAAUACAAAUGGCCAGUUUCGAAUGGUCAAGUGAUCCAAUUUAAUCUUUCAACUUCAAGCAGAUGUCUGAAAUACUUUCAAUAAUCCUUUCAGUGUAUUAUGGAACAUUUCAAUGACUCUCCUGUAAAUAACAGUCUCAUGUGUACCUACCUGUGUACCUACUGUGAAAUUUGAAUGAUGAAUGCAUCAACAUAUUUUUGUAUUUUUGUACUGCCAUUUCAAAACAACAUAAAGUUUAACAUUUGUCACA